ACCUGGCAUUUUGACUCGAGUGUACAGCGUUAGCGUCCGGGUGAGUCGUCGCCAUGGUAACCGCGGAAGCCGGGGAUCCCGGGAGCUGAGUGUACUGGGUCCGGGCGCCGAGGGCCCAGGUAUUUUUGGAGUUAAUGGAUCUAGAAGAACCCCAAGGCUCAGAGAGUUCAGAAAAAUCAGAACCUUUCUCACAGCAAGAAGAAGAAGAAGUUGAAGAAGGAGAAGAAGAAGAGGAGGAGGAGGAGGAGGAAGAAGAAGAGGAGGAGGAGGAGGAAGAGGAAGAGGAGGAAAAGACAGGCCUUCUUAAUCCUCUCUUACAACCUGUUCUCACAGGGGAUAUAGAAGGUUUGCAGAAGAUUUUUGAGGAUCCAGAGAACCCUCUCUAUGACCAGGCUAUACAGCUCCUCUUGGAAAAAGACAUUGUUGGAAGAAAUUUGUUGUAUACAGCUUGCAUGGCUGGGCAGAGUGAAGUGAUUAGAGUUUUGGCAAAAUAUGGUGCGGAUCUGAAUGACAACACAGCCAGAGGUUAUACACCCUUACACUGUGCUGCCGCCUGGGGUCGUCUGGAAACAUUGAAAGUGCUUGUGGUGGAACUGGAUGUUGAUAUAGAAGCUCUGAACUUCCGGCAAGAGCUAGCUCGAGACGUUGCUGCUCGGUAUUCCCAGACCGAGUGCGUUGAAUUCCUGGACUGGGCAGCUGCAAGGCUGGCUCUGAAAAGAUAUAUCGCAAAGGUCUCUGCCACUCUUACAGAAUCAGAAAAGGGACCAGGGAGACUCUUCAAAGAAGACAAGAAUAACAUCCUCACUGCAUGCCGUAUAAGAAGUGAGUGGUUGGAAACCCAAUUGGAAGCUUCGAUCAAUGAGAUUUUUGAGCAGAAACAACAAUUGGAAGAUAUUGUGACUCCUAUCUUCACAAAAAUGGCCACACCACGUAAGUUUGGGAUAAAAAGUGGUUUGAAUGUCAGAAAUAUGGUGACAGAAGGAGACUUGACUGUGGGUCAACAAAUGCAACAUACAGAUGAUGUAUUACAGCAUUGUACACUCAAAACCUAUACAGUUUUAUUAACGAGUGUCACCCCAAUAAAUUUAAUAGAAAUCUUAAAAACUGUCUUCGUUUGUGUUUUAUAUUGCAAACUGAUUAAACGGACCUUUAAAAAUCUGCUUCCUUUCAGGUCAAGUGAGAAGUCCCAAAUCUGUAGCCUAAGCCUUGCUCAGAAAAGAAGCCAAAACCAUGCCUUCUACUGAACAGACACGUUAUAAAAAGCCACAUUUUCUUCUAGCAUUUGUAAAGUCACACCUAUUCAUGACAACUGAGGUUGAGAACAUAGAUGUGGGGUUUUAUAAAAAUGUUUAAGUGUGAAAUGUGACCACCCUUGUUCUGUUUUACCUUCGUCAGCGUGCUCACGUCCGGACUCUGACCUUGACUGCUCCCCUGGGUGCAAGCCCCUGUGAGCUCCACCUGCUCCUUCCAGAGAGCGCUUGGGUGUGAGUCACUCACACAAACCAUAGGGAAGCUUUAAAAGCUGGUUAGAGAAUCUGAUAACCUUCUGUGUAAUGAGGCAGGAAGUUUCCGUUCAGUUAAAGAAUUCUUUUAAGAGAAGACAUAGUGGCUAUUUCCAGAGGCAAUUUUUUUCUCCCUCUCUCAAAAGGAAGUUAUGGGAUGUCAUUCUGGAGCAAGGAACUAUUAAAAGGAGUUUGGAUCAGGAUCCUCAGCUCAUACAACUAUUACUUUUUAUGUUCAAAUUAAGAUUUACCUGUAAGGUGGGAUAUAGUCUCUUAAUACACCUUCUUAUUUGUCUUUAGCCCCAUUCUGUCUUUGAAUUAAUAAGCACAAAUAUGUUUAGUUUUAUAUUUAGAUGUCUUCUAUUCUGUAGGAUUGGCAAUGCAGCUAUAAUACCUGGACUCCACGUCAAUUUACCUUCUGUUUGUUUUUUUUUUACAUUUUCUAGAUUUUAAAUAUCAUAGUUGGUUUCAUAUUAGUGAUUUAGAAUAUUUGGAAAUUUUUUUUUCCUAGUUUAUCCAAAAGCCCCUGAUCUACUACUCUAUGACUUUCUGGAAAACUUUUACAAAAGA